AUGUCCGGAAAUCAAGGUGGGGGACUCCUCGGCGGGCUCGUCGGCGCACUCGAUAACACUCUCACAGGCGGGCAACAAGCCAACGGACAAGGAGGACUCCUCGGAGGCGUUAACGGUGCGCUUGGAAAGACGACUGAGGGACUCGGAAACACAUUGAAUACUACUGUUCGAGGCGUGGGUGAUGUAGCUGGUGGUGCUACUAACACUGUUGGGAACGUGGCUGGAGGUGCGACGGGCGCCUUGGGUGGUGCGUUGGGUGGUGGCUCAGGAGGAAGUGGUGGUGGGAGCGGGGAACAGUUGAAUGCUUGGGGCGAGCCGAUUAAGAAGUAA